AUGCUUCUUCUGGGCCUGACCGGAUCCAUUGCGACCGGUAAAUCCACCGUCUCGAACCUGCUGCGCAGCCCGCCCUACAACCUCCCCAUCGUCGACGCCGAUGUCGUCGCCCGCAAAGUCGUCGAGCCGGGUACGCCGGGCUACCGCGCCAUCGUCGAGUACUUUGGCCCCACCACACCCGAUCUGCUGCUGCCCGCCUCUGAUCCUAUUUGCGGUGGGAAGGAAGAUGGCCCUACAGGCAAAGGGCGUCCUCUAAAUCGGCCAGCCUUGGGAAGGCGCGUGUUCGGCGCUGGCGACGAGCACGGGCGCGAUCGCAAGGUGUUGAACAGCAUCGUGCAUCCCGCCGUGCGCCGAGAAAUGUACAAGCAAAUGCUGUGGGCCUAUUUGCGCGGCCAUUGGGCGGUGGUGCUGGACAUCCCGUUGCUGUUCGAGAGCGGAUGGGAGAGGUACUGCGGCUCCAUCAUGGUCGUUGCCGUCAAGGAUCCGGAGAUUCAGAUGCAGAGACUGAGAGCCAGGGACCCGCACCUGAGCGAAGAGGACGCGAAGAACAGGGUCCUGAGCCAAGGCGACAGUAGGGAGAAGGCCGAGAGGGUGCAGCGAAGGGGAGAGCAUGCCAGUGUUGUCAUCUGGAACGACGGCGACAGAGAGGAGCUUGAGAAGCAAGUCUCAAAAGCCAUGGCCGAUAUGAGAAGCCGCAGUCCUCGUUGGUGGGCGUGGCUUCAGCUGUUCUGCCCGCCGCUUGCCGCCCUCACUGCUUUCUGGAGCUUCUGGAGGAUGCGGCGCGUACAGCUCCAGUGGGAGCACGAGAAAGCGCAAGAGAAGGCCAAGCUGUGA